UGCAGCAUCUCAUGUGUAUAUAAAGCCCUUAGGGAGCUGCCAGCCAGUUCCUGCUAUUCUCAUCCCUUGUCUGCACUAUAUGGACCGGAUAGACGUGGCUGUGUAAGUAGCCUGUUCGCUAAGGGUUAACUUCUCGGAAGUAAAGGAAAAAACAACAAAGGAAGCAGCCCUCCUCCCUCUCCGUUUCCCCCACUUAGAAAAGCAGAUGUAUUAAUUAGUCUGUCGCAGGAGCCUGCAGGUAUCGAGCUGGCCAGUAGAUGGCGCCAGAUGCUACACUUUUCCAGCAGUAGGCUUGGCUGCAGCGGUAGCUGUAUUGCUGGGCCGGUCACUGGUGAGAUCCUUGGAUUGUUGGAAUCAUUCAUUUCCUGUUGCCUGUCCUCAUAGGAAAAGAAAGGCAAAUGAUUUCUUAGCAAUGAAGUGAGCCGCUGAAUGUCACACCAUGAGCUCGGGUACGGCUUCCUAUCGCUGCUCCAUGUCUUCCUCGGCUGAUUUCUCCGAUGAUGACGAUUUCAGCCAAAAAUCUGGCUCAGCUUCCCCUGCUCCCGGGGACACCCUGCCCUGGAACCUACCGAGACACGAGAGGUGCAAGAGGAAGAGCUCGGGGGCAGCAGUGCUGGAUCCAGCGGAGAGGGCGGUACUCAGGAUAGCUGAUGAGAGAGAUAAAGUACAGAAAAAGACAUUUACAAAAUGGAUUAAUCAGCACCUUAUGAAGGUACGCAAACAUGUUAAUGAUCUGUAUGAAGAUUUGCGGGAUGGACACAAUUUAAUCUCUCUUGUGGAAGUUCUAUCAGGAGACACCCUGCCAAGGGAACGGGAUUUUUUGAAGACCUUACGGUUGGUGAGUUCAUCAGAAGCAUGCGAGUAUGAUCAGCAUGAGGAUGUGGAGGAUGAGGAUAAGGGGCCUCGGGAGAAAGGCAGGAUGCGCUUUCAUAGACUACAGAAUGUACAAAUUGCACUCGACUAUUUGAAAAAACGACAGGUGAAACUAGUAAAUAUAAGAAAUGAUGAUAUAACUGAUGGAAAUCCCAAAUUGACUUUGGGCUUAAUAUGGACCAUCAUUCUGCACUUUCAAAUAUCUGAUAUUCAUGUUACUGGAGAGUCAGAGGAUAUGUCUGCCAAAGAGAAACUACUUCUUUGGUCUCGGCAGACAACAGAAGGCUAUGGAGGAAUACGCUGUGAAAAUUUUACCACCUGCUGGCGAGACGGAAGACUAUUUAAUGCCAUCAUUCAUAAAUACAGGCCGGACCUGAUUGACUUGGAUACCGUUGUUGCUCAAAGCAACAUUACAAAUUUAGAAAAUGCAUUUUAUGUAGCUGAAAAAUUGGGCGUUACUAGACUUCUUGAUCCUGAAGAUGUUGAUGUCUCAUCCCCUGAUGAAAAGUCUGUAAUAACAUAUGUGGCAUCAAUGUAUGAUGUAUUCCCCAAAACACCGGAUGGAGGGGAGGGAAUCAGUGCAAAUGAUGUUGAAGUGAAGUGGAUAGAAUACCAGAAUAUGGUGAACUACCUCAUCCAGUGGAUCAGGCACCAUGUUGUGUUAAUGUCUGAAAGGACGUUCCCGAAUACUGUUGUAGAACUAAAGGCACUUUAUCAACAAUAUUUACAGUUCAAAGAAAAAGAAAUUCCACCCCAGGAGACUGAAAAGUCUAAAAUCAAGCACCUUUACACAUUUCUUGAGCCAUGGAUUCAGUUUGGGCGCAUCAAGCUGGACCAAGGAUUUCAUCCGAAUGAUAUAGAAAAAGAGUGGGGAAAACUAAUUAUCGCCAUGUUUGAAAGAGAAAAGGCAAUAAGGCCUGAAAUCGAAAGGCUGGAAAUGCUGCAGCAAUUAGCAACCCGAGUGCAGAGGGAUAGCUUGGGAUGUGAAGACAAACUAAUCCUGGCACGCAGUGCUCUCCAGGCUGAUGCCAAACGGAUGGAAUCUGGGAUCCAGUUACAGAAUGAAGCUGAGAUUACCGGGUACCUGAUUGAAUGUGAGAACCUUCUCCGGCAGCAGCUUGUUGAUGUCCAGAGUCUUGUGGAUGGAAAAUAUUACCAAGCUGAUCCAUUGGUGCAGAGGGUUGCCUCAUUGCGAGAUGAGUUACUGGCCUUAAGAAAUGAAUUCACUUCACUCUACAGCAAAGGACGUAUGUUUACAAACGAUCAGGCAAAACUUAUGAUAUCAGGAAUAUCACAAAGCCUCAGCUCAGGAUGUUCACAGAAUUUAAACCCUGUAAUGAACUCAAAUAUGUCGCACAGUAUGACCCCUUGCCUGACACCAACGAGUUUCACACCGGGUAUGUCCCAUGGCUUUAAUUCUCACUUAUCUGCUGCUAUGACACCUCCAUUUUCACCCAACUAUAACUCGGGAUUGAUCCAGAACUAUGCAACAGGAAUAAACACAAAUGCAUUACAGUCACUAAAACACAUGCAGAUAAAGAAACCCUUACAGAAGUCCUCUCUUGCUGAUCAGAAUUUACCUGAAGAAGAAGUGAACUCAAAAUUUGUUCAAGACCUUUUAUCAUGGAUCAAAGAAAUGCAGGUGCAACUUGAUCGGGCAGAUUGGGGCUCUGACCUGUCCAGCAUUGAAGGACAUUUAGAAAACCACAAAAAAUUCCAUAGUGCCAUAGAGGAAUUUGAGUCCAGUCUUAAGGAAGCAAAAAUAAUUGAGCUUCAACUAACGGGAAUUUACAAGGCCAAUUAUGCUGAAUCUUUAUACACACUUGAGAGUCAGUACUCCAAACUUUUGAAUUCAUCAAGAAACCGACAAAAACAUUUAGACUCACUUCACAGUUUUGUGGCUCGAGCCACAAGGGAGCUCAUUUGGCUUAACGAGAAGGAAGAGGAAGAUGUAGCUUAUGACUGGAGCGAAAGAAAUCAGAAUAUACCUGCCAAAAAGGACUAUCAUGGGGAAUUAAUGAGAGAACUCGAUCAGAAAGAAGAAAUCAUCAGAUCAGUACAGAACAUUGCAGAGCAGAUGCUUCUUCAAAACCAUCCUGCAAGAUCAACAAUUGAAGCUUAUAGAGCUGCUAUGCAAACUCAGUGGAAUUGGAUCCUACAGCUUUGUCACUGCGUGGAACAACAUAUACGACAGAACUCUGCCUACUUUGAGUAUUUUAAUGAAGCCAAAGAUGCAGCUGAAUAUCUAAAGAUUUUAAAGGAUGCAAUACUAAGAAAAUACAGCUGUGAUAAAUCAACCAGUCUGCAUAAACUUGAAGAUUUGCUCCAGGAAUCAAUGGAGGAAAAGGAACAGCUUUUACAAUAUAAGAGCACCAUUGCCAGUCUUGUUGGAAGAGCAAAGACAAUUAUUCAGCUGAAACCACGGAAUCCAGACAAUCCACUUAAAGCAUCCAUACCAAUCCGAGCUAUCUGUGAUUACAAGCAAAUUGAGAUCACUAUUUACAAAGAUGAUGAAUGCAUAUUAGGAAGCAACUCACACCGUGCUAAAUGGAAAGUGAUCAGCCCCACUGGUAAUGAAGCCAUGGUGCCUUCUGUGUGCUUCACAGUGCCACCCCCAAAUAAAGAGGCAAUUGAUUCAGCAAACAGGAUUGAGCAAAUGUAUCAGAGCGCCCUGACACUCUGGCAUGAAUCUCAUAUAAACAUAAAAAGCACUGUAUCCUGGCAUUACCUUAUGAAUGAGAUUGAAGGCAUCCGGGCCAGCAAAGUCUCCACAAUUAAAACCUUGUUGCAAGGUGAGCAUCAGCAAGUGUUAAGCAAUCUGAAGUCCCGCUUUGAUGAAUUCUUAGAAAACAGUCAGGAAUCCAAGAUUUUUUCUGGGUCUGACAUUGCACAACUUGAAAGAGAAGUCAAUGUUUGCAAGUUAUACUAUGAAGAGCUUCUAAAGUCUGCAGAAAGAGAAGAACAAGAAGAAUCUAUUUAUAAUCUGUAUGUAUCCGAGAUCCGAAAUUUCCGCCUAAGGAUGGAAAAUUGUGAAGAGCGACUAAUCAGACAGAUCAGAACACCUUUAGACAGGGAUGAUCUUCAUGAAAGUGUGUUAAGGAUUUCUGAGCAGGAGAAAUUAAAGACGGAUUUAGAUCGCCUUAAAUCUGAUUUAUCAACAAUAUCUGAGAAAUGUGAAGAAUUCUUCAGUCAAGCUACUACCUCACCCUCUAUAGAGGCGCUACGCACUGAGCUGAAUAUUGUUAUCCAGAAUAUGAACCAAGUGUACUCUAUGUCUUCCAUUUACCUGGAAAAGUUAAAAACGAUAAAUUUGGUGCUAAAGAACACACAAGGAGCAGAAACUCUUGUAAAGCUCUAUGAGACCAGACUGUGUGAAGAAGAUGCAGUGACUGCUGACAGAAAUGGAAUUGACAAACAUGAGGCAACCUUAAAACUGUGGCGAUCAGAGGUUGAUGAAAAACUGGAGGUUUUUCACGCGUUAGAAGAUGAGCUGCAGAAAGCCAAAAAUAUCAGUGAUCAAAUGUUUAAAGUUCACAAGGAGCGAGACCUAGACUUUGACUGGCACAAGGAAAAAGCAGAUCAGCUUGCAGAAAGAUGGCAGAACAUUCAUUCUCAGAUUGAAAACAGAUUACGUGAUCUGGAUGGCAUAAGUAAGUCUUUGAAAUACUACAAAGAAUCAUAUGGGGCACUUGACUCGUGGAUCAGUCAGAUAGAAGAAACACAAAGUAUUCUUCAGGAAAACCUGCCUGAAAACAGCAAGGCUCUGGUAAAGCAAUUGAAUCAGCAGAAGAUGCUGAAUUCAGAAAUUGAAGUGAAACAAAGUAAAAUGGAUGAAUGCCAGAAAUAUUCUGAGCAAUUUUCUUCUGCAAUUAAGGAUUACGAAUUGCAGUUAAUGACAUACAGAGCUAUGGUGGACACUCAUCAAAAGUCACCCAUGAAGCGCAGAAGGAUUCAGAGUUCUUCAGAUGCAAUUGUACAAGAGUUCAUGGCUUUAAAGACCCGUUACACUGCCUUAAUUACCUUAAUCACACAACUGGUUAAAUUUUCUGGUGAGACCUUAAAGAGGAUGGAGGAAGAAGAGAAGUCUUUGGAAGAGGAAAAGAAAGAGCAUGUAAAGAAAGCAGGGGAAAUACUGAAUUGGGUGUCUAAGGUCACACAAACGUUGAGCAAAGAAGGAGGACAAGACAGUUCAGAAAAGACACCCAUAUCUAAGUCUCAGAUAUCCAGUGAUGAAAUAGUAAUGAAGCAGGAAGAAAUUUCUGAUGCUCAACAAACUUUGCAAUUGCUUUUAGCCAAGCACAGUGAAAGAUUGACAGAUGUGGAGAGAGAAGAAAUUGAAAAUCAAGUUAAGGAAUUAGAAGAAAGCCAAAGUAUCUUAUCGAAAGAGUAUGAAAGGCAACAGAAGGAAGCAAAGGAUUUGGUAGAUAGACUUGUGGAACAGAAGGUGGAUAAGGUUGUGUCAGGCACCAUUGAUGAGACAACUGGAACAGUUUAUUCCGUGUACCAGUCUAUAGUACAAGGUCUUGUUGAUUAUGAAACUGGAAUGCGGCUGCUUGAGAUGCAGUUAAUUGUUUCAGGGCUGGUUUCACCAGAAUUAAAAAUAUGUUUUGAUAUUGAAGAAGCUAAGAAUCAUGCACUUAUUGAUGAGCAAAUUGCUAAACGACUUCAAAACUUAUCAGAUGCUAAAAAUAUUACUUCAUCUCUCUCUUCAGUUGACUUUCCAAUAAUAGGUGCUUUUGAUAAGGGAUUAAUUACAGAGUCUGUUGCAAUUAAAAUGAUAGACAUUUUGCUGUCAUGUGGGUGUCUCUAUGUAUCUGGUGUUGGUGAGCACAUUAACUUGAACAAACUUUUCCAGAGAGACCUGAUUUCAGCAAUCUUAUUUUCAAAACUUAUUGACAGGCAAAAAACAGGAAAAGACCUUAUUGAUCCAAUAACAGCAGAAAAGGUACAUGUGACAGAGAUGAUCCAGCGAUGUGUCACAAAUAAACAAACAGGAAUGAAAUUUCUACCAGUUAAUGCACAUGAUAAAGGCAAAAUUACAUUAAAAUCUGGACGGAAAGUUAGCAUUUUAAGGGCAGCACAUGAAGGCAUUCUGGAGCGUGAAAUAAUGUUUAGAAUGCUUGGAGCACAGAUAUUUUCAGGGGGUAUUAUUGAUCCAGACUCUGGAAGAAGAUUGACACUUGAAGAAUCAAUAGAGAAAGGAUUAAUUGAUCAGGGAGCAGUUUGUGGAAUAUUAACACAGCAAGUUCAGAAUGGGGGAAUUGUUUGCCCAACUACAGGAAAAUACUUAACUGUAGAUGAAGCAGUUCAGUGUGACUUGAUAUCUUACAGCAGUGCUUUGUUGGUCCUGGAAGCACAAAGAGGGUUUAUCGGUCUCAUUUGGCCAGACACCAGUGAAAUUUUCCCGAUUUCAACAUCUUUACAACAAGGAAUGAUUUCUAAUGAGUUAGCAGAGAAAAUUCUAAGGAACAGGCAAAAGAUUGCUGGCUUAUAUAUUCCAGAAACAUCUGAAAUUAUUCACCUGGAUGUAGCUGCCGAGUUAGGUAUUAUAGAGAAUAACACAGCAACUGUCCUAAGUAACGUUCAGUUACAUGAUAAAAUGCCAAACAUAGAUGUACUAGAACCAACAUGUAAACAUGCAUUAAAAUGGAUGUCUUCUUAUGAGUCACAUACUUUUCCAGAGGAGGAAUUUUCUGAAAAAAAAAGUUCUGAAACAGAAGAACCAUUAACACAUAAUCCAGAACACACAAAGCAGUUAUUCUACUCAUACCUAAUGAUAAACAGUUACAUUGAUGCAAAUACAGGGGAACGGCUUCUGCUAUUUGAUGGUGAUCUUGAUGAGGCUGCCAGCAUGCUGCUUGAGUCUGAGCAUAUAGUUCUCACUACCAGCAUGGGUGAAGAACAAAACUUUGACUCUAAAUAUGAUGAAUUCAGUUCGCAUUUAGUACCUGGCCUAGGUAUCAAUGAUACAGGAUUAGACUGUUUAGCCAGUUUAGUGACAAAGGAACCCAAUAAUGCCUCCUGUGAAGAAAACAUUCCAGUUACAACUGUUGCAGACCUUGAUGAAAACGCAUCCCAGAGGCAACUAAAUACCUCUCUGAACUGUUAUCAAGAUAGUAAUGACAUAUGCACAGAACAGCAUAAAUCUUAUUUGGGGAAUAUAGAAAACACUGGUGUCUGUGGUCAAGAAAUAGAAGCUGAAGGAGAGCAUGUUCAAUGCCAAGAAUUACAGUUUGUUGAAGAUAAACAGAAACAUGAUGAAUGGCAAGGGCUUACAACUUUUCAAUUUAGUAACCCUUCUAAUGUGCUAAAGCCUUUGGAAUCAAGUAAAGGAGGCUUAAUGCAUUCUCAUAUUGAGGGAAACAGUCUGGCCAAUUCUGAGGUGCAGCACAAUAGAGAAAAUUACAGUUUAGAGCCUCUAGAACCACAUGAUUCAAUGUCAGGGAAAAGUUCAUAUGAAGAAACUAUUACAGCAUUAAAUGUCUUGACUGGUGAACAACAGAUAGUUACAAAAGACACAAUUCCCUUAUGCAACAGUGAAUCCUUAACUGAUGAAAAAGAGAUUCAGGUUAAUUCUGUAGGUAAUAUUUCUUCUGAUAAUGAAGGUAUGACUAUAGAAUCUAAUUUGAGUGAUAGCAAUUGUCAGAUAGACUAUGACAUAGGCAAUGAAACACCAGAUAAUAAGCUUAGUUACAGCGAUGGCUAUCUCACUCCAACCAAUAGUGCACAUGAUCUUUCUACACUUAACACAGCAGAGUUCAGCUCUAACUCAGUGAAUGCAGAAAUAUGCACACUUAAUAUCAAUGCUAAUUUAACUCGUACAAGCAGUUAUGACAACUAUGAAUGCUACAGUCCUGAAGAAGCCUUGAAACACUCGUGUGAACCUUUGCAAACUCACAGUGAUAAUGAUACAUCAGAUCUUGAAGAAGAGGGGAGUGAUGAUGAAGUUGAUUUCAUUUUUCAGUACGACUUAAUUAGCAACAAAAUGCAAGCUUCUGCUGGAAAGAUUGCAGAGGACAGAGAUCUUACCGAUUCCAGUUCAGAUGAUGAUACAUUUUAUUAUAAUGAAAAUGAUAUUGAGAAGGCAGUCGUAGCACGUGAUAAUCAGUUUCUAGAAACUAUUAUUGAAGAGGAUUUGGAAAGCAUCACCUCAGAAGAAUGGACCUCACCUGUAACUGACAGUGUGGAAAUUAUGCCAGAAGAUGCUGCUUCAGUUAACUUAGUGGAAGACAGGGGGAAAGGUAAUGAACAUAAAGAUGAUGAAACUGAGGCAGAAAACAAGGCAAACAACGUUGAAAAUGGUUCUCAUUACUUAAUAAAUAAGGAAAAGGAAGAUGAAUUUACUGAAAGCUGCUUUAGUGAAACUGAUAUUGAGUGUUUUGUUACCGAUGAAACCAACAGUGAUGAAGACUAUGCGACUAAAUUAUCUUCAAAUGACCAAAGUAUUACUAAUAACAGAAGUAUAUUUGAUCCAAGCCAAAAAGGUGAAAAAAGUCUGAGCAACUCGCCUAAUAUAAUUUGUACAUCACCUCAAGAAAAUAAUUGUGAAAAUGCUGAAUCUGUUUCUCUUAGAUCAUGUACAAAUGUAUGUAGUACUGAACUGGAUGAUGAAGAUAAAAGGGAAAGGAAGUGCUCAACCAGUAACACUCCUGACCCUGUGUUAAGGACUUAUCCUUCCUUUGAAACAGCUUUAGAGAGUGGCAUUGAAAUGCAAAAAAAUUGUGAAAGACUACAAACAGGUGAAGAUUUUAACCCAGAUUAUAAUGGAUGCCUGUCUUCAAACAGUAUUAUUGAUGACAUAAACAGUUUUUCUUUUAUUCCUGAGGUGAACACCAAAGUGUCAGAAUUAUGUAAGUCAAUGAACUUGGAGUUAAAGACUGGGGAAAUGAAUGUUCCUUCUGCUAUACCAUAUACAAACAGAUCAUUAUGUGAACCAUCUGAACACCCUAAUAAUACAGAAAUAAAAAGCACAAGUGCUUCUGCUCCUAAUUUAGAUGACUGUUUACAAACAGAUUAUAAAACAACAUUAUUCACAACUAAUGAAAAUGGAGAGGAAAUUAUUCCGUUGCCAGAAAAGCAACAAAAUAGGUAUUGUACUUCAAACCCUAGUCCCAUUCACAUUGAAAACUUGAGUACAAUUUUUGAUUCUUCACUCCAUAUAGCCGACAAUGAUGUUUUUGGGUCAAAUGUAUUGACAGAUGUUUCACAAACCUUGAAAACCACCAGUAUCAAAGAUGCAGAUGCUAAGUCUGAGGACAAAAACAGAGAUUUGGCAAGUUACCUUAAGGGAUGUGCAAGUAUUCUUCAGACAAACCAAGAAACUGGAGGUACUCCAUGUUCUGAUGCAGAUGUGAUUUUGGAUGAUAAUAAACUAGAUUCCACAACUGAUACAAUUAAUUCAGGUGUGCCUGAAUUUUCAGUUAUGGCAAGAACUAACCUGGAAGUAAACAAGGAACUCGGUGGUGAACAAGUUUGUAAUUAUACAGAGACUGGUGCUAAAGACAGAAAUAUUGAACAGGAUAGUUGUGAUAAAGAAAAUGCAGUUAUGAGAGAAAGCAGAGAAUUUACAGAUAAUUCAGGUUUGUCUGACAAUGUAAAGGAGUCUUUAGUUGAGAGUAUGUUAAAAGAAAUGAAAAGGCAUUCUGCAGAUGAAACACAAGGGAAUAAUUCUACAGCGUGUGUUCGUUUCUUGCAAGAAGAGAAAAUAUUACAGUCAGAACCAGAUUAUCCUGACAGUGAUUUGAAUGAUGUCAGUUCUACCACAGAGGCAAAGAAUAAUAGCCAUGCCAUACUUGGCUUGUCAGAUGAAUUUUCUGUUAUUGAGCUUGAUGAAAAUCGACUAUGUCCUAAUCAACAAGAAGAAAAGCUUGUAGCUGACAAUCACGUUGCAAACACAGAUUCAGUACUAGUGCCAGAAUCAAACCAUCCUAAAUUAAUCUCUUCUCAAUUGGAGCAAAUAUUUUAUGUACCCCCAGAUUCCGAAAAUAAGAACAAAAUUGAAGAACUGCUUAUUAAUAUAAACAAAGGACUUUUCCCAAGUGAAAUGGUGAGUUAUUCUUCAAAAUCACAUAGCUCUGAGAUGCUUGACAAUAACUCAUCUGUGAAUAAUGCCAGACAAAGUGAUAAAUUUGCUCAGGCAGAAUGUGCACUAAAAUAUAAAUAUUCUGCGGAAAGCCCAGAUACACUGCCUCCUAACUCUGAUCAAAAGACUGAUGACCAAAAAACACAACCCAAUGUUAAAGAUGUGUCUACAACGGUUAAAGCAGAAGGAUGCCUUUCAUCAGAUAUGGUGUCCGUGACAUUGAGUCAAUGCUCCCAGAAACUAUGCGAACACCUUACUGUUAUCCAGGAUUUAAAAUUUCACUUAGACAGCCUGCCGGCCAUCAGUGACAAUUUGGAAACUUUAAAAAUACAACUUGAACAGACAGAGUCAUUUGCAUCAAGGCUGAAUGAACUUUCUGCUGAUAUGAAAAAGGAUCUGGAGGCCACAGAGACUUUCUUUAUGUCCGUGCCUGGUGACCUUGCAACCGAAAAUUUGAGGGAAUUAAAUGACUGCUUGGCAAAAGCCAUUGCUGUAGUUUGUGAAAUGUCUUCCGGUCGUGCUAAUCAGAUUACUUCCACUGUUGACACUGAAAUGUCUAAGUUAACAGUUUCAUACCAGGAGCUCCUAAACAGACUGCAGUAUCUGUCAAAUUGGAUUCAAGAGAACCACAAUGCUGUGGAUGUUUCUGUCAACAGUAAUGACAUGGAGACUGUGAAGCAAAGUCUUACAUUUCUUAAGGAACUGGACACACAUGUAUCUGAAAAAAAGAUGGAGUUGGAAACAACAGCAUUUGAUAUUCAGUUUUUUAUAUCAGAACAUGCUCAGGAUCUUUCUGCCAUUCAAAGUAAACAGCUGUUAAGACUGCUAAACACAACACAGAGGAGUUUUCAGGAAGCUCAUAAAAAGAUUGCAUCACAGAUCGAGUCUUUAAAAAGUGCACUGGUGGCUGCACAAGACCUUAGUGACCAGAAGGAUGCAGAAGUACAGUUACAAGAACACAAAGAAAAACUACAGGAAAUCUGUCAUCUACUCACACAGACAGAAAACCGACUGAUUGGCCAACAAGAUACCUUCUCUGCGCAUGACAGUCCUGCUGACUUAAAGCUUCAUCAAAAUGAAAACCAGGAGCUGCAGAAGGAUAUGCAUGCUGGGUCCAGUGAAUUAGCAGAGAUUGUAAAAAACACAGAGAAAUUUCUACAGGAAUACGGGGAUAAACUUUUACCAGAGGACAGAGCUGUCAUUGAGCAAAAAUUAAAGGAGGCAAAAAGCAAGUUUGAUCUUCUCAGCAAAAGAGCAGAAGAAUCCAAGGAGCAACUGGAUAAAGCACUUACUUCUGCAAUUAAAAAAGAAACUGAAAAGUCUGCUGCUGUAGAACAGUUAGAAGAAAGCAAAAACAAAAUUGAAAGUCUUUUGGAUUGGCUGUCAUGUGUGGACAAAGAAGCAGUGAAUGGCAACAAUGUGCGACAAAUCAAUGUAAAACAAAAUGGAACACACCAUCAAGACCAGGACUCUUUGCUUGAUGGAGUAGAAGAGGUCAAUGGGAAUCUAAUACACACAGAUGGGGAAGAGGAAACUGUAAAUAUUCACAAACAGGAUAAAGAAGAUUUAAGCAACCAAUAUCAAAGAGCAAAGGCACAACAUGACAAACUUGUCGCACAGCAUCAGUCUGUUAUUAUAGCUACGCAGUCUGCCCAAGCAUUACUUAAGAAACAGGGAGGGCAUCUGUCAACAGAAGAGAAAGCAAAGUUGCAAAAAGAUAUUGCAGACUUAAAAGCCCAGUAUGAGACAGCACUUUGUGACUCUGAACAAAAGAUGAAGUUUAUACUAAACUUACAAGGAGAGUUAGAAAAAUUUUCUACAGACUGCAGUGAAUUUGAAAACUGGCUUCAUGAGUCCCAGGGUGAACUGGAAGAACUGGAAUCUGGGCCUGCAGAUUUUGCAGCAAUCAAUAUCAAAUUUCAGAAGCAGAAAAACUUCUCAGAAGAUGUGAUCUCUCACAAAGGGGACUUACGUUACAUCACUAUAUCAGGACAGAGGGUUUUGGAUGCCGCAAAAUCUUGCAACAAAGAUGAAGACAACAACAAUGUUAACACUCUGGAAACAUGCAAGAUAGUACAGGAAAGACUGGAUACAGCUUCAGAGAAAUUCAAGUCCUUGCACUCUAAGUGCAAUGUUCUUGGAAACAACUUAAAGGAUUUAUCUGACAAAUGCCAGCAUUACAAGGAUGCCUCAUCCUCCCUACUAAAAAAACUGGAGAUAUCGGAAUCUGUUGUAAACAAAACACUUUUGGAGCCUAUUGCCUCCGAUACCAAAAAUGUGCAAAGACAGCUUGAAGAAACAAAGGUGUUGUGCGAACAGGUAUCUGCUCACCAGCCUGAUGUUGAAAAACUCAAGAAAGCAGCUGAUGCACUUAUGGAUUCCAAAGGAGGCCUUUCACUAAACAAAGAUGAAAUCCAAAAGCCCCUCGAUGAUAUAGUGGGAAGAUACAACACUCUAUCUCAGUCUGUAAAUGACUGGAAUGAAAAUCUACAGGUUACCUUGACCCGCUCACUUAGUGUUCAGGAUGGUUUGAAUGAAAUGCUGGACUGGAUGGAUGGGGUGGAAAGAGAUUUAAAAGGCCAACAUCAAGUCCCACUGAAUUCUUCCUCUAUCCAGGAAAUCAUUACAAAAAAUAAUAUUCUAGAACAAGAUAUUUCCAACCGCCAGAGCAGUAUUAACACCAUAAACGACAAAGUCCAAAAAUUCAUGGAAACAGCAGACCCAUCAACAGCAUCUUCUUUACAAGGAAACAUGAAUGAACUGUUUCACCGUUUUUCCAAAGCUGGUGAACUUGCCAAAGAGCGCACUGCACAGAUGGAAGACCUAAAGACAAAGGUUGAGACGUUUGAGAAACUAUCAGAUAAAGUUAAUUCAUUUCUGGAUCAAAAGCUUCAGUCUCUUACAGAGACAGGUGGUCAUGGAAAAGAUGUGACAGAGCUUUCUCAGUACAUGCAGGAAGCAAGCUGUGAGCUAGCAGACCACAAGACAAACUUGGAAGACUUGCAGAAGCUUGUUGAAGAGAUGUGUGUUUAUGGUAUUCCUGGAGACAAGGCACUUGCUUUGGAAAAAGUUAAAACAAUGCUGAAAAGGUUUAAUGAUCUUGAAGAAACUGUUAAGGCAAAGAAAGAAGAUGUGUCUUCUUGCCAAGAUGAAAUGGAUGCUUUUAAGUCUUUAGUUCAGUCUUUAAAGAAAUGGUGUGCAUCAAUAACUGAGGAAAUACCUACUGCUUCAACAACAUCAAGUGUAGAAGAAUUAGCUAAAGAUUUGAAAAAGAGCAAGAGUUUGCAAGAGGAGUGGUCCCAGAAAGGCCCAGAGGUACAGAAAGUUAAUAACAAAGGGUCAGUUCUUUGUAACUUAAUCAGCACCAUGACUUCGCCUGCAAAAGUCAGAGCAUCAGGCAGGGCCGUUAUAAACGGGACAGUGACAUCUGAUGCCAUGGAACAAGUAACUAAUAAAGAGCUAGUCAAUGUACAAAGGGAGAUAUCUGAUGUAAAUGAAGGUUAUCAGCACUUGGGAGGUUUGUUAAAAGAAAAAGUUUCUGAGUUGGAAAAGUGGCUUUCACAAAUGAAACAAGUGCAAGAGGAGACGGAUGCAUUAAUGAAAUGGCUUACCAAAAUGCAGGCCGAGACCGCAGAAUGGGAACAUCCCACAGACAGUGUUUCAGUGAAAGUCCAGAUAGAACAGCAUAUGCGAUUUGCUUCCAAAAUAAAGCAAAAGGAAAAACACGUGGACCUGCUAAAGGAAAAGUUGAAAGAUCUGCUGCUUGCAAACCCAGAUGCACCAGAGUCACCCAAGUGGAAAGAAAUGCUGGAUAAAAUAGAUUCUUUAUGGCAAGGCAUUAACAAGAUGGCAGCUGAAAGACAGCAAACUUUAGAGGAAUCUUCAAACGAUCUGACCCAGUUCCAGACAGCAGAGGUGCAGCUGAAUCAAUGGCUUACUGAGAAAGAACUCAUGGCCAGUGUACUUGGGCCACUCUCAAUUGAUCCAAAUAUGCUGAAAACUCAAAAACAGCAAGUUCAGUUCCUUCUGAAAGAAUUUGAUGCUCGAAAACAACAGUAUGAACAGUUUAGCUCUGCUGGGCAGAGGAUCCUUAACAGGCCCUGUGAGCUCCCUUCCAGUGAUGAAUUUGUGAAAGAACAGUUGGCAUCUGUAGCAUGUAAAUGGGAAAAUCUAACAGGACAACUGAGUGAUAGAUGUAAUCGCAUUGAACAGGCUAUUGUCAAAAGCACACAUUAUCAGAACAAUUUAAAGGGCCUUGCUGAGAAACUAAGUUCCAUGAGUAAAACAUUAAGCACCGAUAUGGUGGUUAGCUCCCAUCCUGACACUGUCAAACAAAAGCUCCAAACAGCAAAGCAGCUUCAGGAAGACUUGUCUAAGGAAAAGAAGUACAUAGAAGAGACCAAAGUCCUCUGCCAGGAACUUUCAGAUCUGGUGGCAGAGGAGUACAUGAUAGCAGAAUUAAAUAGGCAAAUGGAUACUGUUGAAAAGCCGUUUAUGGAGUUGGAAGAAAAAGCAGGUUAUCAUGUUGAUCAGCUGCAAAUUGCCUUUGCCAGCUCCCAGAAGUUUCAUCAGUUGUCUGAAGAUCUUCAGUCUUGGAUACAAACUAAAACAAAAGAGCAAAAUGAAGCAGAACCAAUUUCAGCCAAGCUUGAGAUCUUAGAGAUGUUAAUUGCAGAGCAGACAGAAGUACAAAAUACACUAAAGGGCCAGCUCAGCACCUAUGAGAAAAUGACUACGGAAGCUGAAAAUCUUCUACAGAAAACAAAAGGGAAUGAAAAAGCAAACUUACAGUCCCAACUUUCCAUGCUCAAAUGUAAUUGGGAAGCCAUUAACAAGCAGGUUUUGGAAAGGCAAAAUAAUUUGAUUGACUGUCAACAGAAGGCUACUAAAUACAGGGAGUUGGAAGACAUUAUUCAACCAUGGAUAUUGGAAUGUGAGCAUAAAUUGUCUGAAUUUAAAGUUUCUGUAGAUGUUGGUGCCAUUGAGAGUUUAGUUGGGCAAGUAAAAGUUCUGCAAAAGAAUGUUGAUAAGCAGAGGGGAAUGAUGGAGACCUUAAACAGUGCAGCAGAGAGCCUACUAAACUGCUGUCAGACAGAUGCAGAAGUCAUCAGAGAGCAAAACAAAAACAUGAACAGUCGGAUUGAGGAACUUAUUGACAAUUUGCAUAUUAAGAGGGACACACUGGAGAAAUUUGGGAUUGGUCUCAAGGAUUUCCAGGAAUCUGUUACAGACACAGAAAAGCAGCUGGCUGUAGCCGAGGAACAUUUAGACGCUCACAAUUCCCUUGGUCCACAAGGGUAUAGUAACAAACACCUUACAAUAAUGCAAGCUCAACAAAAAGUUCUUCAGAUCCUAGAACCUCAAAUAGACUUUGCCAGAAGUCUGGCACAUCAACUUGCGGUAGAUACCUCUGAUGCAGAAGGUGUUACUGAACUACUUCUUCAAGCAGAGUCACUUCAGCAAAAACAUCAUACUAUCCUUCAAGAAAUAGAAGAAAAAUGUUCCUUCUUAGAGACUAAACUGCAAGGAAUUGGACAUUUCCAAAACAACAUUCGAGAGAUGUUUUCUCAGUUCACUGAGUUAGAUGAUGAACUUGACAGUAUGGCUCCAGUGGGAAGGGAUCUUAAUAUACUGCAGGGUCAAAAACAGGACAUAAGCAAAUUUCUAAAGAAACUGAGGGAUUUAAUAACAACUAAUGAAAAUGCAAAUAAGACCUGUAAGAAAAUAUUGGCAACUGAGUCAUCACCCGAUCUUAUUGCCAUUAGAAGAGAUCUGGAAGCGUUAAAUAAACAGUGUAACAAAUUACUUGACAGAGCAAAAUCCAGAAAAGAGGAAACUGAGAAUACCAUAACUCGAACUGAGGAGUUUUCUAGCACACUAAAACAAUUUGUUGACCUACUUAAGGGCGUAGAGGAACAUGAAGAGUCCCAAGGUGCUGUUGGCAUGGAAACUGAUGUCAUUAACCACCAAUUGAACAUUUUUAUGGCUUUCCAAAAGGAAGAAAUUGAGCCUCUUCAAGCCCGCCUGCAGGAGGUGAAUUGGUUGGGUCAGGGCCUUGUCCAAAGCGCUGCUAAAAAUACCAGCACCGAGAGCUUGGAACAUGACCUGGAGGAAGUGAACAUGAGAUGGAAUACUCUGAAUAACAAGGUUGCUCAGAGGGCUGCUCAACUACAAGAAGCUCUUCUUCACUGUGGAAGGUUUCAGGAUGCUCUGGAAUCUCUUCUAAGCUGGCUCACAGAUACAGAGGAUCUGAUUGAAAGUCAGAAACCUCCAUCAGCAGAGUUUAAAGUGGUGAAAGCACAACUGCAAGAGCAAAAGUUACUUCAGAGACUUCUGAAUGACCGGAAACCUACUGUUGAUGUAAUAAAACGAGAAGGGGAAAAGAUUGCAAGUUCUGCUGACCAAGCAGAUAAAGAAAAGAUCUUGAAACAACUGAGUGCCUUAGAGCAUAGGUGGGACGAGCUACUGAAAAAAGCAGAGAUAAGAAAUUGCCAGUUGGAUGGUAUUUUAGUUGUAGCAGAGCAAUUUCGUGAUUCUUUAGAACCUUUAUCUGAAUGGCUCACAUCCACUGAGAAAAAGCUUGCAAUCUCAGAACCCAUCGGUACUCAGACAGCCAAACUUUUGCAGCAGAUUUCACAACAAAAGGCCUUAGAAGAUGACAUCACAGCUCACAAUAAAAGUUUACAUCAAUCCCUGAGCAUUGGGCAGGCAUUAAAAUCCUUAAGUUCAAGGGAAGAUAAAGAGAUGGUAAAGGAAAAAUUAGACACUUGCCAGACGCGAUAUUUGGAGAUCCAGGACAAAGGUAGCAGGAGGUGUGAACUACUGCAUCAGGCCUAUUGCAAUGCUCAGAUAUUUGGGGAUGAUGAGGUUGAACUGAUGAAUUGGCUGACAGAAGCUCACGACAAACUGAGCAAGCUCACAGUUCAAGAUUACAGCACUGAUGUGCUCACCAGACAACGCACUGAGCUGCUGCUUCUUCAGGAAGAUAUCAUGCUUAGAAAGCAGAAUGUUGACCAGGCCAUCCAGAAUGGAGUGGAGCUGCUAAAACAAACUACAGGUGAUGAAGUUGUAAUCAUUCAGGAAAAGUUAGAUGGCAUCAAAUUAAGAUAUGCAGAAAUCACAAAGUUAAGUUCAAAAGUGUCCAAAACAUUAGAUCAGGCUCUUCAUCUUGCAUCUCAGUUUCACUCAACUCACGAAGAACUUAGCAGGUGGUUGGACAAGGUGGAAGUAGAACUGAAAGAAUACGAAACACAGAACUGUACUCCGGAGGAGCUGAGCAUUGUACAGGAAAGGAAAAAGGAGCUGAAGCAAGAAACUAAGACCAGCAAGGCUCUGUUGGUCUCUCUGAAUGAUGUUAGCAGUGCUUUGCUGGAACUAGUGCCAUGGAGAGCAAGAGAAGGGCUUGACAGAAUGGUAACAGAGGAUAAUGAACGCUAUAGAUUAGUAAGCGACACUUUAACGCAAAUGGUAGAAGAGAUAGAUGCUGCCAGAGUGAGAGCUCAGCAGUUCGAGCAAGCUGUUAAUGCAGAGUAUUCAUGGACUGAAGAAGCAGAAAAUAAAUUAAGGUCAUUGGGUCACAUUCGACUUGAGCAAGACCAGACCACAGCUCAACUUCAAGUCCAGAAGGCAUUCACAAUGGAUAUAUUACGACAUAAAGAUUCAAUAGAUGAACUGAUUGUAUCAGCAGAUGACAUUAUGAAUGCACUUAAUGAAGAAGAGAAGAAGUCUAUAAAGAACAAACUUAAGAACCUGGUGAAGAAAUAUGACAAGACCUGCCAUCUGAACGCUGAAAGGAAUCUUCAGCUGGAGAGAGCUGUGUCACUGGUGAACCAGUUUUGGGAGACAUACGAAGAACUAUGGCCAUGGCUCAUAGAAACUGAGAAUGCCAUUUCUCAGCUUCCAGUUGCAGCCCUUGAUUAUGACACCCUGAAACAGCAGCAGGAAGAUAUUCGUCAACUUCGUGAACUAAUAUCAGAGCACAAACCUCACAUUGAUAAAAUGAACAAAACAGGUCCUCAGUUAUUGGAUCUUAGCCCUGAGGAGGGUUUUCUUAUUCAGGAAAAAUAUGUGUCAGCUGAUACGCUUUAUAGUGAAAUAAAAGAAGUUGUGAAGAAGCGAGCCAUUUACUUGGAUGAAGCCAUUUCUCAAUCAGCACAGUUCCAUGACAAAAUUGACCCAACUCUUGAAAGUCUACAACGCAUAGUUGAGCGCUUGAGGCAGCCCCCCUCCAUCUCUGCUGAGUGUGAAAAGAUUAAAGAACAGCUCAGUGAAAAUAAGAAUGUGUCUGUAGAGCUUGAAAAGCUUCAGCCUGUCUACGAAACUCUUAAAAAGCGUGGAGAGGAAAUGAUCGCACGCUCAGAAGGUGCCGAUAAAGAUAUUUCAGCCAAAGUUGUUCAAGAUAAACUCGACCUAAUGGUCUUUAUCUGGGAGGACAUCCAGGCUUUGACUGAGGAAAGAGAGGCCCAGUUACUGGAUGUUUUGGAAUUGGCAGAGAAGUUCUGGUGUGAUCACUAUGCAUUGAUAGCUACAUUUAAAGACACCCAGGAUUUAAUACGGGAGCUAGAUGGUCCUGGGGUUGACCCUUCUGUUGUAAAGCAACAACAAGAGACAACAGAGAUGAUAAAGGAAGAAAUCGAUGGGUUUCAGGACGAGCUGGAUGCAGUAAUUAGCCUUGGAUCUGAACUGAUAUCUGCUUGUGGGGAACCUGACAAACCGGUUGUUAAUAAAAACAUAGAUGAGCUAACUUCUGCGUGGGAUACUCUUAAUAAAACCUGGAAGGAACGUGUUGAAAAACUUGAUGAAGCUAUGCAAGCUGCAGUUCAGUAUCAAGAUGGCCUGCAGGCUCUGUACGACUGGGUGGAUAUUGCUACUUUGAAAGUAGAGUCUAUGCCACCAAUUGGAACAGAUUUGGAAACAGUAAAGCAACAAAUUGUGGAACUAAAGCAAUUCAAAGCAGAUACCUACCAGCAACAAAUAGAACUGGAAAGGCUCAACCAUCAGAAAGAACUCUUGCUGAAAAAGGUGACGGAUGUGAAUGAAAAGCAGGCCGUUGAGGAUCCCUUGUCAGAACUGAAACUCUUAUGGAAUUCUCUUGAAGAUAAAAUUAUCAACAGACAGCAUAAACUAGAGGGUGCUCUGUUAGCCCUGGGGCCAUUCCAACAUGCCCUUGAUGAGCUCACGACAUGGAUGACUCACACCGAAGGACUUUUAAAUGAACAGAAACAAGUUGGAGGAGAUCCUAAGGCUAUUGAAAUUGAACUUGCAAAACACCAUGUACUUCAAAAUGAUGUGCUAGCACAUAAGUCUACAGUCGAAACUGUACGGAAGGCAGGAAAUGACCUAAUUGAAUCAAGUGCAGGAGAGGAAGCAAGCAGUCUAAAUAGUAGGUUGGAAUCUUUGAAUCAGCGGUGGCAAAUAAUUCUGGAUAAAACAGAGCAGAGGAUGAAGCUGCUGGAUAGUGCCUUGUUUCAGGCUCAGGGUUUUCACAGUGAAAUUGAAGAUUUGCAUCAAUGGUUUACAGACAUAGAGCGCCAGCUCCUGGCUUCUAAACCUGUUGGAGGGUUGCCUGAAACCGCUCGAGAACAAUUUAAUACCCAUCUGGAACUUUGCUCUGUCUUUGAAGUUAAAGAAGAAAUUUACAAGAGACUAAUGCAGAGAAGUCAGAAAAUGAUGGAACGAUGCACUGAUGACCCAGAAGCAAAUAUAGACCACGAUAUUAUUAACCUCAAAGAGAAAUGGGAAUCUGUAGAUACAAAACUCAGUGAGAGAAAAGCAAAACUUGAUGAAGCACUUCAAGUGGCAACAGUAUUUCACAAUUCUCUACAAGAUUUUAUCAACUGGCUCACACAAGCAGAACAAAUUUUAACUAUGGCUUCCCCACCAAGUCUUAUUUUGGAUACUAUAUUGUUUCAGAUUGAUGAACAUAAGGUGUUUGUCACUGAAGUAGACUCAUACCGAGAUCAGAUUUUGGAGCUUGACAAGACUGGAACCCAUUUGAAAUAUUUUAGCCAAAAGCAGGAUGUUGUUAUAAUUAAAAAUCUCCUUAUCAGUGUACAAAGCCGUUGGGAAAAUGUCAUUCAGCGCUCAUUGGAAAGAGGGCGGACAUUGGAUGAUGCACAGAAGAGGGCCAAGCAGUUUCAUGAAGCAUUUGACAAACUUAUGGAAUGGCUUGAAGAAUCUGAGAAAUCCUUGGAUUCCGAGCUUGAAAUUGCUAAUGAUCCAGAUAAGAUCAAGACUCAAUUAGCAAUGCAUAAGGAAUUCCAGAAAACUCUAGGAGGCAAACAUACAGUAUAUGAUACAACCACUCGGAGUGGGCGGUCACUAAAGGAGAAAGCGACAUUGACAGAUGAUAUUCAGAAACUGGAUGAUAUGCUCAGUGAGAUAAGAGACAAAUGGGAUACAGUCUGUGGGAAAUCAAUUGAAAGACAAAACAAACUUGAAGAAGCAUUGCUGGUUUCUGGCCAGUUUACAGAUGCAUUGCAGGCCUUGAUUGACUGGCUUUAUAGAGUUGAGCCUCAGCUGGCUGAAGACCAGCCCGUUCAUGGUGAUAUCGACAUUGUGAUGAAUCUCAUAGACAACCACAAAGUCUUUCAAAAAGAGCUUGGCAAGAGGAGCAGCAGUAUUCAAGCACUAAAACGUUCUGCAAGAGAACUAGUAGAUGGAAGCCAUGAUGAUUGGUCUUGGGUGAAAGCCCAAAUGCAGGAGUUAGGCACUCGCUGGGAAACAGUUUGCAAUUUGUCUGUGUCUAAACAGACUCGACUUGAAGAAGCAUUGCAUCAGGCAGAAAGUUUUCACGCAGCAGUGCAUGCCCUGUUAGAGUGGCUUGCUAAUGCAGAGCAAGCACUUCGUUUCCAUGGGAUUCUCCUAGAUGAUGAAGACUCAUUGCGCUUACUUAUAGAACAACAUAAGGAGUUUAUGAGGAAAGUUGAAGAGAAAAGGUCUGAACUGAAUAAAGGAGCGAGUAUGGGAGAAGCAAUCCUGGCAAUUUGUCACCCAGACUCUAUUACAACUAUCAAGCACUGGAUAACUAUCAUCAGAGCCAGAUUUGAGGAGGUUCUAACCUGGACAAAGCAACAUCAGCAAAGGCUUACAGCUGCUUUGAAUGACCUAAUUGCUAAGAAAGAGCUGCUUGAAUCUUUGCUAGCUUGGUUACAAUGGUCAGAGAUGACACUCAAUGAAAAAGACAAAGAAGAUAUUCCACAGGAUUUAGAUGAGGUUAAAGCACUGAUUGAGGAGCAUCAGAUAUUUAUGGAAGAAAUGACACAAAAGCAGCCAGAUGUUGAUAAGGUCACUAAAACAUACAAAAGGAAAGCUGAAUCUGCUUCAGGACAGUCUCAGAUCCCUGUCUUUGGUAAAGGAAGAGGAGGUUGGAAAAGAUCACAGACGCCAAAUUUGUAUCCUUCUGGUUCACAGACAUCCCUUGAAACUAAAAACCCAAGGGUGAAUUUACUUGUAAGCAAAUGGCAACAAGUGUGGUUAUUGGCAUUAGAGAGAAGAAGAAAGCUUAAUGAUGCCUUGGAUAGGCUAGAAGAGUUAAGGGAAUUUGCCAACUUUGAUUUUGAUGUUUGGAGAAAGAAGUAUAUGCGAUGGAUGAACCAUAAAAAGUCUCGAGUAAUGGAUUUCUUCAGAAGGAUAGAUAAAGAUCAGGAUGGAAAAAUCACAAGACAAGAAUUCAUUGAAGGGAUCCUUUCCUCUAAGUUUCCAACCAGUCGCCUAGAGAUGAGUGCUGUGGCAGAUAUCUUUGAUCGUGAUGGUGAUGGAUACAUUGACUAUUAUGAGUUUGUGGCAGCCCUUCAUCCAAACAAAGAUGCUUACAAACCAAUAACUGAUGCUGAUAAAAUUGAAGAUGAGGUCACACGCCAAGUAGCAAAAUGUAAGUGUGCCAAGAGAUUCCAAGUUGAACAAAUAGGAGAAAACAAAUACAGAUUCUUCCUGGGAAAUCAGUUUGGUGACUCCCAACAACUUCGCCUUGUUCGUAUUUUGAGAAGCACUGUGAUGGUUCGAGUUGGUGGUGGGUGGAUGGCACUUGAUGAAUUUUUAGUGAAAAAUGAUCCUUGUAGAGUUCAUCAUCAUGGAUGUAAAAUGUUACGCUCGGAUUCAAACUCUUCAAUUACUACUCAGCCUCUUAUAGCUAAAGGAAGGACGAAUAUAGAGCUGCGUGAGAAGUUCAUGCUACCAGAAGGUGCUAGCCAGAGUAUGACUCCAUUCCGGCCAAAGGGUCGUAGAUCUAGACCAUCUUCAAGAGGUGCAUCUCCUAACAGAUCGAAUUCUAGUCCAAACAUACAAUGCAGCCCAUCAUUGGCUGCAAGUUCCUGUACACCCAAGACACCCCUUCAUUUAACACGCAAUUAUGGUAAGCCUUGGCUGGCAAACAGCAAAACCUCAACACCCUGUAAGAGUCAUGAGUCCCCAGAAUAUCAACUCACAUCUCUGGAGACAACACCUAUACAAGGAAGCAAGCUGAGGCUCCCGGGAUACAUCUCUGGCAAAGAAUUUCACUCGGCAGGAGACAGUAACAUCUUAACCACUGUGGCCACCAAAGUCAGGACACAGUUUGCAGACUACAGGAAAACUCCAAGUCGUGCCGGAAGCAAAGCUGGAAGCAGAUCAAGCAGUCGGCGUGGCAGCGAUGCCUCGGACUUUGAUAUUUCAGAAAUCCAAUCAGCAUGUUCUGAUAUGCCCGAAAAUGUUUUAAACAGCGGCAGGCCUUCUCCACGAGCAAGUCCACGAUCAGGAACAGGCAAACCUUGCAAAAUUCCAACGCCACAACGACGGUCGCCAAUGAACAAACCCAACAAACUGACAAAAAGAUAGGGCACCUUGCUCUGCACAGCUUUUUCUUUGUGCUUUGCCUAUUUAAGUUUCUAAGAUGUAAAAACUAUUGUGUAAAAUGCGAUGUUUGAUUUUAACCCUGCAGAUGGCCUUAAAUGUAUGUCUGUCCUGUUUUUUUACACAUAUUUGUAUCAACAUUUCAUUGUCUUAUCGUUUGGAAGAGUGGAAGGGAGAUUCAAUUAAACGAACCUGUCCCUCUCUGUGUGCCGGACAUCCACUAAAGCAGUUGUUGAAUGUAUUUAUAACUCUCUCUAUUCUGGACGACAGUACACUAUGCCCCUCACUGCUUCAUUAGUUACCAAUAUGAAUACCUCAGAUUGACAGCAUUUAUACUAGUGCAUUAAAGGAGAAACAAUUGGAGUUUCUGGAAUUACAAACACUAAAUCUUUAGUCACUUGAAUAUGUAUUUAUGCACACUGCGUUUAUUUUUACAGUUUUAAGUUGGGGGUCUCACCGAUCGGUAUUUAUUACAUUUUUUUUGAACAACGACCUGUGAGAUUCUGUUCAAUAGAACUUUAAAUGUGUCCAAAUAAUCGCAUUAUGUGCAUAAGUGAGGUUUUCUUUCGCUUGAGUGGAUGAAAGCUAUGUGUCAUCAGACUACUUUUGUAUGAAACACGUUUUGCUUGCGAGAUCUAAGUAAUAAAACAUGUCCAAAUCCGA